AUGACCGAUGAGCACCGUACAGAGGAUCGUCCCGUCAUCGAACCCCCUCCACCGGCCGAUCCGCAUCCUGUAGAGCAGGUCCGCCAAAUCCUCGUGCUGCCGAGUACCCACAGCAAAUGCCACGACUCCAUCCAAGACCAGCUGUCCUCCUUCACGUCGUUCGCCGAGGCGAAGCUGCUCGAGUACCGGGAGGUGGUGUUGGCCCAAACGUCAGUCUGCGUCUUUGUCGUCAACUACGUCCAGAAUCGAUACGUGUCCACCGAAUUUUGCGUGGAAAUUGCGAAAUUGUAUGAUGUGUUUGAGGUGGAGCACAAAGCCGAUUUCUUACAAGCUGUCGAAGCGCUGCGAAAGGGCUCGGAUGCAGAUGCCCGAGCAGUUGUCGAAAAAUUUGACGACAUCGUCUCGAGAUGGGACGAAUUUCUGAUCGAUAUUGACGGGCAAGUGGAUGAGAAAGUCGGUCCAUACGAGAAGGGACCACAAAAUGACGACGAGGCGGCCAGUUUGGGUGUGCACAGCAAAACGAUCGCCCAUCUCGUGAAUGGCACUCCCUUCGAUAUGGUGUUGAUUUUGAUUGUUCACACCUUCCAAUCCCAACAAAUUAACCAACGGAUUCUCGACCUGUAUCAGCAUAUGCAAGAAUUACACCAGUUGGGCUCCGAUGUACACCUAUUGACGAGGGGACCGCCUAUUGGAUCAAGAGGCGGAAGCUACCUGAAGCUGAUCGGAGUGCCUUUCCGGAGACUGUACGAUGAGAACGAGGCGGUUGAAGAGCUGAGGAAUCACAGGAGACCCGCUGUCGCUUGUGCCGGAUGGGACGCGUUGCUUACGGUCGUCGAAGUCUCCAUCGGCGACAGCAUCCGCGAGCCAAAGAAAACAAAACCUGCCGACCGAAACGCUUCGAAUGCAUCCCCUCAACCACCCGAUAAUUCACAUUUUAUAACCCAAAAAGGAGGGAUAUUACUCGUCAACCCGCAGGGCACCAUUCUAUUCAUAUACGUCGAAAACGACGGCACCCAAUGGCCACCGAUCGAGGAAGUUGUUAAACAGGUCCAACAGCACUCAAAGCGAAAAGUCAAGGAAAAGCCGGCGAACGGCAAGGUCGACAGCGAGAUAUCGGCCAAAAAGGUGGAUGGGGACGAGAAGAAGAAAUGCUGCACCAUUCUC